CUCUCUCUCUCUCUCUCUCUCUCUCUCUCUCUCUCUCUCUCUCUCUCUCAGGAACACACAAAAGAUGAAGUAUUUUAGGAAAUUAUUUCUCAUGGUAUUGCUCAUUGCACUAGUGGCAUACAAUGCUGCAUCUACAUUAUUCGAAUCAUCUUCACAAGAAGGAGGCUCGUACCUUAAUUAUGGGGAAGAAGAUGAUGUUUCGGGCGAGACACACGAUUCGUCCUCCCUCGAAACCCUGGACCCAGCGACUUCUCUCCGAGGCACAGGCCGGUUCCUCGCGCAGGCCACUAGCUCGAGGGCCGCGUUGACGUGCAACAAAUACCCGAGGAUCUGCCGGGCCAAGGGAAGCCCCGGACCAGACUGUUGCAAAAAGAAGUGUGUGAACGUGAGCACCGAUAGGCUGAACUGCGGGAUGUGCGGGCACAAAUGCAAGUACUCGGAGAUAUGUUGCAAAGGUCAGUGUGUGAGCCCCAUGUUUGACAAGAAGCAUUGUGGGGGUUGUAACAACAAGUGCAAGAGGAAGGGAUCUUCUUGUGUUUAUGGGAUGUGUAGCUAUGCAUGAAUAUGAAGGGGUGUGAAGAUUUGGAGUCAAAGGGUCUGAAGCAAAUUGUGCAGUUAUCAUCGUAUUAAGCGAAUUUGUUGGUAACUGGGUACAUUUGUAGAUGAGGUAAUAUGUAGAAAGUCUUGAUUUGUUUUUAUGUGACUAAAGGAAAUGAAGGCAAGGCCAGCAACAUCGCGGUUGAUUGGACUUUGCCCCCAAUAUUGUAAUUGUUCAAGCUAGUUUAAAUGUAAUAAGAGUGGUAUUAUCAUUUUUUUAGUGAUCGGGAUUAAGG